AUGCCGUCCAUCGUCCUGUCAUCGAACCGCCGAAUGCCCGAUCGAGCCUCCGGUAGUACCACGGACUCGACCUCACCCCGUCCCACGCCAUCGCGCUCUUCAGAGUCCUCCGAUGAGCUACCGAUGCCGAACGAGCCGAACUCUUACGAACUGCAACCGAUCAGCCAUUCCACGCCUGCAUCGCCGCUCAACAACGACGAUGACGAGGAUGAGGUCCUGCACGAUGCCCGACGCCUAUCAUUCGACUCGGUACAAAGCUAUGAGCUAUACACACCAGACGAAGACAAGACCGUGCUGCGGAAACUAGAUAGAAAGCUUGUGAGCUUCAUGGCGCUGCUGUAUUGCUUGAGCUUUCUAGACCGGACAAACGUUGGAAACGCUCGUAUUGCAGGCUUGGAAGAGGACCUCCACUUGAGUUCCAACCAAUUCCAGUGGUUGAUUUGGGCCUUUCACAUCACAUACAUUGUGUUCGAGUAUCGUAUAGUACCACCGCACAUCUACAUUUCCAUAUGCAUCUUCUCCUGGGGUUGCGUUGCGUGUCUCCAGUCAGUCGCGCCGUCCUUUGCCUUUCUCCUGCUCUUGCGCGCCCUCCUUGGCAUCGGAGAGGCAGCUUUCGGCCCUGGCGUCCCCUUCUAUCUGUCUUUCUUCUUCCGACGACGCGAGCUAGCAUUCCGGACGGGUCUCUUCGUCUCGGCCAGUCCGCUAUCGUCGGCCAUUGCCGGAGUGCUCGCAUGGCUCAUCAGCAAGCUAGCCAGCCACGUUUCGUUGAGUCCUUGGAGGUUGCUGUUUCUCGUUGAGGGGAUUCCGAGCAUGUUUGUAGCUUACUGGGCCUGGAGCUUUGUACCUGAUGGGCCCGGUGUGGUGAGGUGGUUGACUCCGCGGCAAAGGAAAGUCGCAAUCCUAAGGCUAAGACAAGAGAAGGAUGAUAAUGAAGACGACGACGACGAAGACCAGCAUCCCCAGAGGAAAAGCGGUAUCGACAUGGGCGAAGUCUUCCAGACACUCCGUGACCCGAAAUGCUACCUCACAGCGUUCAUGUUCUUCGGCUGCAAUGUCGCCUUUGGCAGCAUCCCAGUAUUUCUGCCCACAAUCAUCAAAGACAUGGGCUUCAAAAGCAUUACCGUGCAGAGCCUCACAGCACCACCGUACCUCGUCGCCUUCUUCGUCGUCAUCGCCACGGCGUACUACUCGGACCGGCUGCAAACGCGCUCGACGUUCAUCAUCGCACACGCGCUGCUCGCCGCACUAGGAUACACGACGAUUGCCGUCCUCGGCUACUUGAAAUCGCCGCACAUGCUGCUGAGGUAUUUCGCGCUGUAUCCAGCCAUCGCAGGCUUCUUCUCGUGCAUCACCGUCAUCAUCACGUGGACGAUCAAUAACCAGGAGAGCGACAGCAAGAGAGGUGCGGGCAUGGCUAUACUGAACGUCAUUGGACAGUGCGGCCCGCUCGUUGGGGCUAGCCUCUUCCCUGACGAGCAAGGGCCGUGGUAUGUACGGGGCAUGGCGAUUUGUGCUGGGUUCAUGGUGUUGACGGCUGUGCUGGCCGCGGUGCUGCGGUGGACGCUGGUGCGUGAGAAUCGGAGGGCGAGGGAGGGGAGAGGAGGCGUUGCGUACGCCGGCAUACCGCUCGAUGAAGGGGGACGAGGCGGCGAGAAGAGGGGAUUUGAGUUCAUGCUGUAG